GCGAGGCAGAGUUUCGUCCAAUCAGAUGACUCGUUGCGGCAUGCAAGCGCGCAGGCGCAUUGGAUUUCAUGCGCUCUGUAGUGUCCGGUGGAGGUCACAGCGGAAACCGAGGUUGCUGUCAUGGCCAAGUUAUUUGAGUCCAUUGGGAAGUUGGGGAUUGCCCUCGCUAUCGGUGGAGGUGUUGUGAACUCCGCCCUCUUUAAUGUUGACGCAGGGCACCAGGCUGUCAUAUUUGACAGGUUCCGGGGUGUUCAAGACGCAGUCGUUGGUGAAGGAACCCACUUCCUCAUCCCCUGGGUUCAGAAGCCUAUUAUCUUUGAUUGCAGAUCCCGUCCACGCAAUGUACCUGUCAUCACAGGCAGCAAAGAUCUACAGAACGUCAACAUCACGUUGCGUAUCCUCUUCCGGCCGGUGACGAGUCAGUUGCCACGCAUCUUCACUAGUAUCGGUGAGGAUUACGAUGAGAGGGUGCUGCCGUCCAUCACCACAGAGGUCUUGAAGUCUGUAGUUGCCAGGUUUGAUGCGGGCGAGCUGAUCACCCAGAGAGAGCUGGUGUCCAGGCAGGUCAGCGAGGACCUCACAGAGAGAGCUUCCACCUUUGGCCUCAUCUUGGAUGACGUGUCUCUGACACACUUGACCUUUGGCAAAGAAUUCACAGAGGCUGUUGAGAUGAAACAGGUGGCCCAGCAGGAGGCUGAGAGAGCUCGUUUUGUUGUGGAAAAGGCAGAGCAACUGAAGCAGGCGGCCAUCAUUUCAGCCGAGGGGGACUCUCAGGCUGCCUUGCUCAUUGCCAAUUCCCUGAUGGAGGCUGGUGAUGGUUUGGUCGAGCUACGUAAGCUGGAGGCUGCUGAGGACAUCGCCUUACAGCUCUCGCGUUCACGCAACGUCACUUAUCUUCCUUCUGGACAGGGCACACUGCUCCAGCUGCCCCAGUGAUGGCAUCCUGCUUGGUGCAUAUGCCGCCAUCACCAGCUCUAACAUGGAGGUGGGAGCUGUAGGAUUCAGUAGAGGGUUUUGUCAUCUUCACACACAUUCCUCCCGCUCUUUCUCAAACCACCACUGGACUGGUCACUGCUGAUGGCAGCAUGGUGGAAGACGGAGUGAGAGGUUUGUGCUAAACGUUUCUGAAGUCCACCUUUGUGUAUGGAAAUGAAGAGGUCAGUCGCACCAGAUUAUUAACGUAGUACUUUGAGAACGACCGAGGGAGUAAAUUCUCAUUCAGCAUUGUUUGACCAAGAGAACAGUGUGUGAAGAUAACAUGUAAAGGUUCCUUUGAAGCGUGUUAAAUUCCAAAUGUUUCGUUAUGCUUUUGCUGUUGUGCUGGAGAGUCGAAUCAAAAUGUGUAAUUGUUGUCAAAUCUGAAGUGAGAGGCUCACUUUUCAAGAGGAUUUAACAAAUAUCGCCACCCCAAACCAAUCGGAACGUGCCUAUCUGAUCGUUAAGGAUGAGCUUCACGCUUUAGUUUUUCAGACAUGGCUUCACUUAAUAAAGAAAUCUUUCUACCUCCCA